AUUUUGAUUUGAUAAUUAGUAUCAAGUUAAUUUAGUUAAUCCUUAUUAUCAUAACUAAUUACCUUUUCUUAGUGAGAAUCACAUGUUUUUCGCCACCUUCUACCUUCUACCUCAAGAUUUUUGUCACAUGAAAGAACAUGUACCACUAUGUUGCAUAACAAUCAUAUCAUAAUCUUACAAAAUUUCUUUUGCUAGAUUUAUCAACUAGAGUAGAUUUCAAUAUUUAAGAAAAAAUUAAAACAAAGGUGUUAGUCAUUGUUGAUUAAAUCCACGAAAAUGAAUGACUUGUUUUCAAAUUCCUUCAAAAAAUACACUGAUUUGAAGGAACAAGCUUACCUUGAUGAUGUAGAAGCAGGGAAUAGAGAAAGUGUGAAUCUCGACAAAUUCUUCGAAGAUGUCGAGAAUAUAAAACAAGACAUGAAAGCAAUAGAAAUGUUGUAUAGAAAACUACAAGAAGCUAAUGAGGAAAGUAAAACCGUGCACAAUGCUAAAACAAUGAAAGAUCUUCGAUCCCGAAUGGACAAAGACGUAGAACUAGUUCUCAAACGUGUUAAAGUAAUUAAAGGAAAACUCGAAGCGUUGGAUCGAUCGAACGCGGCUAAUAGAAAGAUUGCAGGGUGUGGUCCAGGUUCAUCGGCGGAUAGAACUAGAACCUCGGUAGUUAGCGGAUUAGGGAAGAAACUGAAAGAUAUGAUGGAUGAGUUUCAAGGUUUGAGAGCAAGAAUGCAACAUGAGUAUAAGGAAACAGUGGAAAGAAGAUAUUUUACGAUAACGGGAGAGAAAGCGGAUGAAGAAACUAUAGAGAAUUUGAUAUCAAGUGGAGAAAGUGAAAAUUUUAUGCAAAGGGCAAUUCAAGAACAAGGGAGGGGUCAAAUAAUGGAUACAAUAUCAGAAAUUCAAGAAAGACAUGGUGCUGUAAAGGAAAUAGAGAAGAAUUUGGUUGAGUUGCAUCAAGUGUUUUUGGAUAUGGCUGCUCUGGUAGAGUCUCAAGGGCAACAACUUAAUAAUAUUGAGAGUCAUGUUGCACAUGCUAGUUCUUUUGUAAGAAGAGGGACAGAACAACUUCAGGAAGCUAGAGUGCAACAAAAGAGUUCUAGGAAAUGGACAUGUUAUGCCAUACUUCUUGGUAUUGUUCUUGUUAUUGUGCUAUUGUUUCCUCUCUUGACAUCACUUAUACCUCAUUUGUUAAGAUGAAGGAGAUGAGAUACAAAGGAAGAUUAUAGAGUCAUGGUUUUAAAUUGUGGUCGGGAGAUAUCU